UGGGACGUGAUGCUGUGCGUGUCCGGCACCGCCAUCGCCUGCGAGAACGCGCUGGUGGUGGCCAUCAUCUGCUACUCGCCCGCCCUGCGCACCCCCAUGUUCGUGUUGGUGGGCAGCCUGGCCACGGCCGACCUCCUGGCCGGGCUCGGUCUCAUCCUCAACUUCGUUUUCCAGUACGUGAUCCGCUCCGAGACAGUCAGCCUGCUCACGGUGGGCUUCCUCGUCGCCUCCUUCGCCGCCUCGGUGAGUAGCCUGCUGGCCAUCACGGUUGAUCGCUACCUCUCCCUUUACAACGCCCUCACCUACUACUCGGAGAGGACGGUGCUCUGCAUCCACACCAUGCUGGCGGGGGCCAAAAAGCUCUGCCUGGGGCUGCUGCCCGUCCUGGGCUGGAACUGCCUCCGCGACCGCACCGCCUGCAGCGUCGUCAGGCCCUUGACCAAGAGCAACGUGACGCUGCUGUCCACCUCUUUCUUUCUCAUCUUCCUCAUCAUGCUCCAUCUCUACAUCGAGAUCUGCAAGAUCAUUUGCAGGCAUGCCCACCAGAUUGCCCUCCAGCAGCACUUUCUGACUGCUUCACACUAUGUUGCCACCAAAAAGGGAGUCUCGACCCUCGCUAUAAUCCUUGGGACUUUUGGGGCCAGCUGGCUGCCUUUUGCCAUCUACUGUGUAGUGGGGGACCCCGAGUACCCUUCCGUCUACACAUAUGCCACGCUUCUACCCGCUACUUACAACUCCAUGAUCAACCCCAUCAUUUACGCCUACAGGAACCAGGAGAUCCAGAGGUCCAUGUGGAUGCUCUUCUGCGGCUGCUUUCAGUUUAAAGUGUCCUUUCGCUCCCGGUCCCCCAGCGAUGUCUGA